AUGCCUUGAAGAGCCCUAAAAAUAUUUCACUUGUUCCUGCCAGAUGGCGAGCAGCGAUGGCGCCGUGGCUAGCAGCGAUGGCGCCGUGGCUAGUAGCGAUGGCGCUCUGUUGAUUUCUGCCCUGGAGCACCGGAAGAAGCAUCGCCAGCAGCGCCGGAGAUCGGAUUUGGUGCUGGAUGAUCCUCCUCCGGUUGUUGUAGUGAGCGAUUUGGAUCCCUGGACGGCCUGGGCGUAUCAUCCACGCACGAUCUCCGUGCUCAUUGCCGGUGUUUGCGCUCUCAUAUGGGCCAGCGGUGCGCUUCAACCGGAGAUCUCCGACGAGAAUGCCGCUGUCAAUGGUACGAGAGGAGUAUGGGCCAUGAUCGCCGUGUUCUUAGGAUAUUGCUUACUCCAAGCUCCUCCCACGAUCUUGAUACGACCGCAUCCUGCGUUUUGGAGAAUGAUCCAUGGCGUCGCAGUGGUUUAUCUAGUGUUCCUCACCUUCCUUUUGUUCCAGAAAAGAGACGAUGCAAGGCAAUUCAUGAAAUAUAUUCAUCCGGAUCUCGGAAUUGAGCUUCCCGAAAGGUCAUAUGGAGGAGACUGCCGAAUCUACACACCCGAGGAUCCCAACAAGUUUAAGAAUGUCUAUGAUACUCUGUUUGAUGAAUUUGUUAUUGCUCAUGUCCUGGGAUGGUGGGCAAAAGCUAUCAUGCUACGUAGUCUUCCAAUUUUGUGGAUGCUUUCUAUCGGCUUCGAGAUGAUGGAGGUGACGUUUAACCAUAUGCUACCGAACUUCAAUGAAUGUUGGUGGGACAGUAUCAUUCUCGACGUUCUUAUUUGCAACUGGUUUGGGAUCUGGUCUGGCAUGAAAACCGUCCGGUACUUUGAUGGAAAAACUUACGAGUGGGUUGGAUUGAGUCGUCAGCCAACCAUAAUGGGGAAGGUGAGACGGUCACUAAGUCAAUUCACUCCAGCGAACUGGGACAAAGACGAAUGGAAUCCUCUCUCUGGCCCGUUACGUUUUGUCCAAGUGCUGGGGCUUGUUGUCAUUGUCCUCACCGUGGAGCUCAAUGCGUUCUUCCUCAAGUUUUGCCUGUGGGUGCCUCCACGCAACCCGCUAAACUCGUACAGGCUCAUCUUGUGGUGGCUUAUAGCCAAUCCAGCCAUCCGGGAGUACAAUUCAUUCCUUCAGGACAGAAAACCAAUGAAAAAGAUUGGCGCAUUUUGCUGGCUAUCACUUGCAAAUUGCAUUGUCGAGGUACUCAUCUGUGUCAAGUUCGGCCAAGGUCUCUAUCCCAAGCCAAUGCCAAAGUGGAUCGUCAUCUUUUGGUCCAGCACUGCUGCUUUGCUGGGAAUUUUCCUGGCCGGAUGGAUAGCUAAGCUGUACGUCGACAGGAACCGGCUCGUUUCGGCGACCGAGGUGUACGUAAAGAAGGUAUCUUGACUCGUUUUACAUUCUUGGGCAUACUACCUUUGAUCACUGCGCUGUAUGAUUGUGAGAAGAAAAAUAAAAGCCGCAGGCUCUUUGCACAA